AUGGUGAAUUCCAUCCGCAAGGUAAUUGGUCAAGCAAUAGAUGCCUAUCCAAAAACCGAACGUAUCAACUGGGUUCGGGAGUGGCCUGGGCAAACGGUUCUUUGCGUCUCUCAGACUUUCUGGACUUCAGAAGUGCAAAUGUCUAUUAGAAAUGGCCAGGAGGCACUUGAGAAUUACCUGGACCAAUGCAACGACCAGAUUGACGGCAUCGUCACCUUAGUGCGAGGAAAACUGUCCAAGCAGAAUCGAGUGACUCUUGGUGCGUUGGUUGUCCUCGAUGUUCAUGCGAGGGAUGUUCUCGCCUCCCUCGUCACCAAAUCUGUCAGCGAUGAAAAUGACUUUGAGUGGUUAAGCCAGCUGAGGUACUACUGGGAGGAACAACAUCUGCAGACAAAGAUGAUCAACGCUGGUUUAAGAUACGGAUACGAAUACCUUGGCAAUACCCCCCGGCUAGUUAUCACUCCUCUCACUGACAGAUGCUACAGAACUCUGUUUGGUGCUCUCCACCUGCAUCUUGGGGGCGCCCCGGAAGGGACCACCAGGGAAGAGGUGCAUGACGGACGGGCUACCUUUCACAAUCUGAUCAUCUCCAGCUCCUGUUUAAACUGCUACCUAAUUUUCAAAGUGACGUCUCCUCCAGGGGCUACAUUAUCGGUCACAUCCAGUUUUUUCACUGUUCACCCUGUUGCGGUGACAGAAAAAUCUGCAAUAGUUUUUACUGCCGCCUUGGGUUCCGCUGCUUCAGCCGUCGUUUUGGGAUCUGUGGUUCUCUGUUGGCUUAAGAAAAACAAAAGAAACAAAAAAAAAUCGACGAAGCAAACUUUGAAGAAUAGGAAAUUCUCCCAGAUCCAGAUGGAUCAUCAAAAAUCUCGUACCAACUCACAUCGCUUUGGGGGGAAAAAUAAACACGACAUCUCUGCUAAGAGAGAGGAUCUGAAACGACCUGAACAAGUGCAAAAUUCAGCAGAGCCAUUAAAGAAGUUGCACCAACAAACUCUACGCGAUGCAUCAGCAAGAGGAGGGAGCAACUAUCGUUCCCGUGGUGGAAAAUCAAUAUGGAGUCCCCUGGAGCUUCAGCAACUGGGCUUCAGUGAACCAAAGGUCUAAUGGCCGGCAUGGCUACUGUCAACAGAAGGAAAUUAAGGGAAGGCCAGUGGCCGAUGAGAGAUAUAAAAGACACUCAGAGAAACCUGCCGCAAGGUCAGGAGGAGGUACGAGGGGGAAACUAGAAUUGACAGUAAUGUGAAAAUAUAGUUGAAGUGAUGUAGUGCUUACAGUCUCAGAGUAACAUCCGAGUUGACUGUCGGUGUAGUUUUAAGCCAAGUUACACAUCUGUUGGAGUUGAUUUG